CAUUAAAAAUUGACUAGUGGACAAAAUUACGAUGCCAUCAUUUUUUAUCAUAGUAAACAUAAAAACAUCUGUGAUUAUAAAAUCGAUGUGCCGUUAACUGUAUAAGAGUUUCCAUCCUCGGGGCGCUCCGCGGUCGUUCGCGCUCCCUGGAGUGGUGUUUCGUGUCCAGUGAAGGCAAUCCUCAAAGAUUGACUCCGUGUGGGGUUGGGCUUCGCCCCCGCUGCGCUUGCAGCUGGGAAACUCGCGAGGGCACAAGAGGAUGGGCGAGGGCGGGUCGCCGGGCGGCGGCGCUCGGCUGUCGCACACCUCGGAGAAGCACCCGCGCGCCGUGCUCGGCGAGCUGUCAGCUCUCCGGCGGCAUCGCGAGCUGUGCGACGUCGUGCUCAACGUCGCGAAUCGGAAGCUGUUCGCUCACAGAGUGAUCCUAUCAGCAUGCAGCCCGUACUUCCGCGCGAUGUUCACCGGCGAACUCGCCGAGUCGCGAGCGACGGAGGUGACCAUCCGAGACGUGGACGAACAGGCCAUGGAACAGCUGGUCGAGUUCUGCUAUACUGCCCAUAUUGUGGUGGAAGAGAGCAACGUCCAGGCGUUGCUGCCAGCCGCCUGCCUCCUCCAGCUGCAAGAGAUCCAGGACGUCUGCUGCGAGUUCCUCAAGAGGCAACUAGACUGCUCCAACUGCCUCGGCAUCAGGGCCUUCGCCGACACCCAUUCCUGUCGCGAACUGCUGCGUAUAGCUGAUAAGUUCACGCAGCAGAACUUUCCAGAGGUUAUGGAAAGCGAAGAAUUCCUGUUGCUACCAGCAGCCCAGCUCAUAGACAUCGUGUCGUCAGAUGAGCUGAACGUUCGCUCCGAGGAGCAGACCUUCCAGGCUGUCAUGUCCUGGGUGAAGUAUAACGUCGCUGAGAGGAGACAGCAUCUAGCACAGGUCCUCCAACACGUCCGGCUGCCACUCCUGAGUCCCAAGUUCCUCGUGGGCACGGUGUCGUCCGAGCUGCUGAUCCGCUCCGACGACGCCUGCCGCGACCUGCUGGACGAGGCCAAGAACUACCUGCUGCUGCCGCAGGAGCGCCCGCUCAUGCAGGGGCCCAGGACUCGCCCCAGGAAACCCACCAGGCGAGGUGAAGUCCUAUUUGCCGUCGGCGGCUGGUGUUCGGGCGACGCCAUAGCGUCGGUCGAACGCUUCGACCCACAGACCGCCGAAUAAAUGGUGGCGCCCAUGUCCAAGCGGCGAUGCGGCGUCGGCGUGGCCGUGUUACAUGAUCUCUUAUACGCAGUCGGCGGGCAUGACGGACAGAGCUACCUCAACAGUAUUGAGAGAUAUGAUCCUCAGACCAAUCAGUGGUGUGGUGCUGUAGCCCCGACAUCCUCUUGCCGAACAUCCGUGGGUGUGGCGGUGCUAGACGGCGCACUGUAUGCCGUAGGAGGACAAGAUGGCGUCCAGUGCCUCAACCACGUCGAGAGAUACGAACCCAAGGAGAACCGGUGGACCAAAGUAGCAGCAAUGACGACGCGACGGCUCGGCGUUGCCGUGGCCGUUCUAGGCGGCGCUCUAUACGCUGUGGGUGGCUCGGACGGACAGAGCCCGCUCAACACUGUGGAGCGGUACGAUCCCAGAGCAAACAAAUGGACGCCCGUAGCGCCCAUGUCGACGCGACGCAAGCACCUCGGCUGCGCCGUGUUCGACGGACAGAUCUACGCCGGGGGCAGAGACGACUGCACUGAACUGUCUUCUGCUGAAAGAUACGACCCGGCCUCGGACGCGUGGUCGCCCGUGGUGGCCAUGACGUCGCGGCGCAGCGGCGUGGGGCUCGCCGUCGUCAACGGCCAGCUCUACGCCGUCGGCGGCUUCGACGGCACCGCCUACCUGAAGUCCAUCGAGGUGUUCGACCCGGAGUCGAACCAGUGGCGGCUGUGCGGCGCCAUGAACUAUCGCCGGCUCGGCGGCGGCGUCGGCGUCAUGCGCGCGCCGCACCACGACAACCACUACAUCUGGAACCGCAAAGACUCCGUGGUAUGAGCCACGCCCGCCUCACUCGUUACUCAUUUUAUUUUAUUGUUAAUAAAAACUAUAUGAUUAAUUGACUAUUUAUAAAUAAAUGAAAUACUUUAGAAUAUA